GAAUUGCGGCUGAAAGUGGAAUCUAGCUUCCACACCUGCCAUUGUCCUGUCUGGUGCAUGUGUCGUGAAAUGGUCGGGUUGGAUGUCCUUGUCUGUUGCCCUACGGUGCCGCGUUGCUUUCCUUUGUGCCAUAUGAGGGCGAGAUGGAUUUCCUUCUAUCAUGUAAUGCUUCUGAUCGGUUCGGACGAACAACUACAGAAAGCUGUCUUUGUAUCGAUUGUCUUGUUGGUGUCAAAAGCAAUCAACUUGGAGUUUUGUUUUUACAGGUUUUAUUUUAUUUAGUCCUAUAUUAGCCGUCCGUAUAAUUUUUGAUAUUUUCAAAUUGUACUAUGAAAAAAAUAAAUUUGAAAUUGGUUAUUAUUUCUGUCUCUGAUUUUGUUGGAUGUUAUUUCUGAUUGUAAAUUUGGGAUUUUGUCCUUGAUAUGAAACCUCACCGUUUAAUUUCCACUGGUCUUGUGUUUUGAGUAAACGUAUUGGUUGGGAGAUCAAAUGGUGGUUUUGGCCGAUUCUGAAGCUAAUUUUCUCCAUAUCUGGUCUUUGUUAAAAGUCGAGCAUGUUGUUCUACCGAAAGAAGGGCGAAAAAAGAAGAGCAUAUAGGAGGAGGCACACGACCUCCUCUUGCUCGAUGUCCCCUUGACUGUUAGGUUGCCUUCAACUUGGUGUCUUCUGUGUAUUUUCUUGUCUCCAUCUUUCAUCUAACUUUCAACGAAGUGCAAAUCCCACCCUCUUGAAUGCACAGCACACCUGAGCAAUCUUUGAUACGGUCUCUCUUAACCACAAAAAUGACAUCAAUGGCACCGCGCCCACCAUCCCCACCAGCCCCCUUUCCUUACCUGCAGUAGCUUAGUAAAGCAUGCCGGCGCGCUGGAAUUUCAGACGGGAAAUAAGCUUGGAAGGAGCUUAAUACUCUACUGCCUACCACUAUUGGUUGUUGUGAUAGCUGCUUAAUACAGGUAGAUUCAAAACCAGCAAUGACAAGGUGUGCUAGGUGUUGCUUGCACGGCUCAAUCAGGAUAGUUAACCUGGUAAUGCUCUUGUGUGGGAUUGGAACGAUCAUAUACUCGCUUUGGCUACAAAAGAAAUGGGAUGAAAGUAUUGCCAAGUUCCCUCUCGGGCCAUCUCCUCUAAUACCAUGGUUUAUAUACACAUUUUUAGGAGCGGGGAUUAUUGUCUGCUUAAGCACCAUCGGUGGUUAUGUUACAGCUAAUUGCACCAGCAAUUCUACCCUUUGUUUCUAUAUUGUUGCCAUCUGCUGCCUUCUUUUCCUUGAAGUCGCCGUCAUCGUUGCAAUUUUCUUCAAGAUAGACUGGGGAAAGCAAAUCACUACAUAUACUGGCCAGAAAAACACAGACUUUGAGAUUUUUAUGUCGAUCCACGUAAAGAUAAGCCGCGCAAUCAUGAUCUUGAUUUUGGUAGCUCAGUAGGUACAGUGCCAAGAACUCACUUUCAAGAGGUGGAUACCCCGGUUUUUAGUCAAUCCUUUUUAGUGCCAGCAGAGCCUCCAGGAUCUGCAGAGGGCUCUAGACAAGCUUGCAGAAGAUGUGGGAAUGUUUUAUCUCUACGAGGAGAAAAUGCACCGAGAGGCUUCUUCUCACGCAUUAAGGGACUACUAAGAAGGAGAUUUCAGAGAAUAAAUACAGUUUAUUAAUUUCCUCGAACCCUCUUUCAGUGGAGCACAACAAAUGUUCUUGCAAGUAGUACUGUACAUAAGUACGUUGUAAUAAUGUGUAGGAUAAAAUACAUGUUGGGAGAAUUUUUGUACGUUUAAGGAAAGCCUUGCAAGAAAAAUUGCAUCAACUUCUAAA